CCGACAAGGGCGUAUAUUUCAAAAGAUCUGCAACAAACAAGAGCCUUGAAAGAAUGCAAGCACUUCCGCCAGCUGUGACAGGUUGAUAUGGCCAGACCCACCUCUGGGCAGAGCGCGGCCUGGAACCAUGGUCACACUUCGCGACCACGAAUGAACGAGGUUAAAGACCGGUUCUCCAGGCUGAGGGUGGGAAGAGAACCACACGAGAGAGCAAAGACUGAAGGAGCGCAACCUCGCCUGACACUUAAACGCCCGACUUCUGGCAAGAGGAGGCGGGUCCCUAACUCCGCUAUCUCCUAGGGCAACACGACGGCAAUACUUCCGUCUAUGCCGUACGGUGGCCGAGGAGGUUCCAGCUCGGCGGAAGUGUCCUGCGGGUGGGUGUGAACGUAAAGGCCCGGGCCAAAGGUGCACGUGGCGGCGGUAGGAAAGAUCAUGUCUUUUCGAGGCGGAGGUCGUGGUGGCUUUAACCGAGGUGGUGGUGGUGGCGGCGGCUUCAACCGUGGUGGCAGUAGCAACAACCACUUUCGAGGUGGAGGAGGCGGCAACUUCAGAGGCGGCGGCAGAGGAGGAUUUGGACGAGGGGGUGGCCGAGGAGGCUUUAACAAAAGCCAAGAUCAAGGACCUCCGGAACGUGUAGUCUUAUUAGGCGAGUUCCUGCAUCCUUGUGAAGAUGACAUAGUUUGUAAAUGUACCACAGAUGAAAAUAAGGUGCCUUAUUUCAAUGCUCCUGUUUAUUUAGAAAACAAAGAACAAAUUGGAAAAGUGGAUGAAAUAUUUGGACAACUUAGAGAUUUUUAUUUUUCAGUUAAAUUGUCAGAAAACAUGAAGGCAGCUUCCUUUAAAAAACUACAGAAGUUUUAUAUAGACCCAUUUAAGUUGCUGCCGCUGCAGAGGUUUUUACCUCGACCUCCUGGUGAGAAAGGACCUCCACGAGGUGGUGGCCGGGGAGGCCGAGGAGGAGGAAGGGGAGGAGGUGGCGGCAGAGGCGGCGGUAGAGGUGGUGGAUUUAGAGGUGGAAGAGGAGGUGGUGGCUUCAGAGGAGGAAGAGGGGGUGGUGGUUUCCGAGGGAGAGGACAUUAGAUAUAGCAUCUGACAGACUUCAUCAGUUGACUUCUGCUUUAACUGCAUGAUCUGCUUCUGCUCUGGAUUGGAAACUGAUGUCUUGAGCAAGUCUUGGAAGAUGUAGUCAUUUUGUGACAGUGGAGUUGGUGUGUCAGUGUUAUGCAUAAAUGAGUGCAGCAGAACCAUCAUUUUAGCUCUGAAAGAGCAGAAAUAAGUCUUUAUAUUUUGUAUAGUGCCUGGUACUCUGUGGGUGCUUAAUAAAUGGAAAGGAGUUUUCAUUUGAAUCAUAUAUGAAUUUUUUAAAUAAAAUGUUUUAUUCCUUUAAA